AUGACGAGUCCAACAAGCCCAAUUACAAAACACUGCUCAAAUAUUAUGCCAAACUUCAGGUUUGAAAAACAUAUAGGAUCAGGAAGUUUUGGGUCAGUUUACAAAGCAUUCGAUAGAAAUAAAAAUAUUUAUGUAGCAGUUAAAAGAUCGGCAAAAAUAGGAAGCCUUGUCUCUAGAGAAUACAAAAUUCUUAAAGAGACUGAAAAGUGUGAAAAUUGUGUACAGUUAUUAGAUAUAAAAACAUAGCAAAAUAAUUCUAUUUUAUUAUUAGUAUUAAUUAAUAAUUUUUAUAAGAUAGCAAAAUAAUUUUGAAAAUAAAUCGCUCUAUUUUCCUCUAUAAAGUAUAUAUUUUAUACGGUCAAUGACCAAGGUGGCUGUAUCCAGCAUCUCGUUUUCGAGUAUGUCCCUGAAAACCUAUCAAGGUUUAUUAGAGAGCGUUGUAAAUCUCACAACUAUUUGACUUAUGAUGAAGUUUCUAACAUCAUGAGACAAAUUCUCUUAGGCUUGGAAUUUUUGCAUUCCAAGAAAAUUAUGCACAGGGACUUAAAACCGGAAAAUAUUUUGAUAGAUCCUAUCACCAUGAAAGUUAAACUUUGUGACUUUGGAAGCGCAAAGAAACAGAAUGGGAAAAGUGCGCCUUAUAUAGUUUCAAGAUAUUAUAGAGCGCCUGAAUUAUUCUCAUAUCAAUAAGGCAUACUAUUAUGCAGAGAAGCAAUGCUAAAAUCAGUUUAAUUUAAUAUAGAAUAAUAUUUUGUAACACAGAAUAUGGCCCAGAAAUUGACAUUUGGGCUGCAGGCUGUAUUUUUAUUGAAUUAUUUACAGGAGUCCCUACAUUUAUAGGAAAAAGUGAAGGAGACCAGUUUAUCCAGCAAGCUAAAGUCCUAGGCCCUCCAAGUUUGUCAGAUAUCACACGACUUGUGGAAAACACUGUAAUUAAAGUCAAAAUUGCAGCAAAGGCGACACAAAUUGGAGUUAGAAGAGAUAUAUCUCAAAUGCUGCCGAAGGGGAAUAAGUCUGCAGAAGCUCUUGAAUUAAUUGAAAAAAUGCUGUCAUGGGACUAUAAAAAGCGGCCAAGUGCGAGAGAUUGUCUUGAACGGCUCCAUGUCACAUGAUCUCACUGCCAAAAAUUUCAACCAAUAUUCAAAAAAUGUUUUUCGGUGAUGCACACUAUCAAAAGCGCAUGAUAUUGGGCCUGCACCUGUCUUGAACAUCCAUUUUUUUCUAAUAAUUAA